AUGGACGACGACGAGGAAGAGGCGGAGGAAAGUGAAGAGGAGGAAGAGCUGCAAGAAAAGUCAAACAAGACCAAGGACAACAAGACAAAGCCCAAGAGCAACAAGUCGCAGGCUUCUUCGCUCGAGGCAAGCAGCGCCGCCUACACUGGAGGAACCUUCAAGAGCAACAUGUUCAAGCUGCAGGUGGACCAGAUGCUGUCCAACCUUCGCCCGAGACAGGGCAAGAGAGAGGCCACAGCCGCAGACGCUCUGCACAAGAUCAAGAAGCAGAUCGACGCAAUCCCCCAAAUAGACGCCCUCCCAUUGCUCCAGGCUGAGCGCGACAUGAUCAAGAAGUCAAAAGUCGCCAUUCCCUUCCCUGAGCCUCGCCCUGCCCACGACGUCAAGUACAAGUUGGCCUACGAGAAGCCUCAGAACAUCAACGUCAUUGGCAGUUUCCCUCUCAAGCUGUCCCUCCGCGAUCGCCAGGCUCCUCUGUCCAUCGACAUGGUCGUCACAAUGCCCAAGUCGCUGUUCCAGGAGAAAGACUACCUGAACCACCGCUACUUCUACAAGCGUGCCUACUACCUGGCCUGUAUCGCUGCUGGUCUGCAGUCGUCUCUCAAGCAAUUCACUUUCCAAUUCGUCAACUUCCGCAACAACCCUCUUCACCCCGUCUUGCUGGUCCAGGCCAACGAGUCAAGCUCUGAGAACAACUGGCGUAUCAACAUCAUCCCUGGCAUUCCAGAAGGCACUUUUGCCGACAACAAGCUUCUGCCAAGCAAGAAUUGCGUCCGUCCCGCUCAGUCUGGCGAUGAAGAGCAGGCUCAGGAUCUGCCCGCUACACCAUUCUACAAUGCCUCGAUCCAAGCUGACAGCCAUAUCACCUCCUAUCUAAAGUUGUUACAUGCUUCUUCGACUGCUUGUGAAGGAUACACGGAUGCUUGCAUGCUUGGUCGUGUCUGGCUGAGACAACGCGGUCUUGCCUCCGAGACGAACAAGGGCGGCUUCGGCAACUUUGAAUGGGCCGCGACAAUGGCGAAUCUGCUCAGGACUGGCGCUGGCUCGGGGAAGCCCGUCUUGUCGAGCGGCUACAGCAGCUACCAACUCUUCAAGGCCACUCUCCAGUACAUUGCUGUGAAGGAUCUCGCCAAAGAACCUGCUUUGCUUGACGCUGCUGGCAUUUCUCUCAGAUCCGAGGACGGCCAACCAAUUCUUUACGAUGGUCCUCGUGGACAGAACAUCCUCUACAAAAUGACUUCCUGGUCCUACCAACACCUCCGUGCUGAGGCACGUACCACCCUCAAAAUGCUGGGUGACAACCUCUUUGACCAAUUCGACUCUGCCUUCAUCCUUCGCUCCGACAAUGUUCUCAAGAGAUACGAUUUGGCCGUCCGUGUGUCUUGCUCUGCUCUGACUUCUGAUGCUUCCGAGGAUCUACAGAUUCUGCAAAGAUACGCCAAAUUGUUCAGUGUGUUCAGUCAGGGUCUGGGUGAUCGCGCGACCCAGGUCGUAAUCCAGUCUCCUGGUCACGAAUCUUGGGCACUUGGAUCUGCUAGACCCAACAUGGCGCGAAAGGGUGAGGUCUCGGUUGCCAUCAACCUUGACUCCACCAACGCUUCUCGUGCUGUUGAUCAUGGUCCUGCUGCUGAGCAAAAGAAGGAGGCGGCCGCUUUCCGCAAGUUCUGGGGCGAGAAGGCUGAAUUGCGCAGAUUCAGAGAUGGAAGCAUUUUGGAGAGUUUGGUUUGGGCAACCAACAGCGGCAUGUCAAUCAUUCAGCAGAUUCUUACUUUCCUGCUUUACCGUCACUUUGGACAGGAUGCAGCUGCACGUGCUGCUUUCUCUGGUGAUGAGUGUGCUAAGCUGAUCAAGCAGAGCAAUGGGCUUGCUGCCUUCCAGCCUUUGAUGGAGGCUUUCAAGACUUUAGAAAGCGACAUUCGUGGCAUGGACGACCUGCCUCUCACCAUUCGUUCUAUUCUGGCCGCCGACUCGCAACUCCGUUACUCCUCUGUGGAGCCUCCUAUGUCAUCUCAGCAGCCAAUGAAGCGUCCCGCUGAUGUUGUGCUUCAAUUUGAAGGCUCUGGUCGUUGGCCUGAUGAUCUUGUUGCCAUUCAACGUACCAAGAUUGCCUUCUUGCUCAAGAUUGGUGAGCUGUUCGAAUCGAUAUCGGAGGGCGUCACUUCUCGCAUUGGUCUGGAGAACGAAGGCGAGGAUAUCCUGAAUCAAGCAUUCCUCGACGUCAUCUAUCCUACUGGCUUCUCCUUCCGUGUUCGUAUCCAUCACGAUAGAGAACAGACUCUGGUUGAGCGUAUCUUGAAGUCACAAUCCGCUGCACCUAGCGAAAAGGAGGCUGCAGCUGUCGCCCUUGCUACUUAUAAGCGUGUCUUCAUCAAGUCGCCAGCGCAUACUCAAGCCCUGCAGAAGCUUUGCACAAGAUACCCCGUGCUCUCACCGACUGUUCGAUUGUUGAAGAAAUGGUUCUCUGAACACUUGCUGAGCAACCACUUCUCUGAAGAGGUCAUCGAGCUGUUUGCUAUCCACACCUUUACCCGCCCAUGGCCCUACAACACACCGUCAUCCACUCAAGCUGCCUUCUUGCGCACUCUCUCAUUCCUCUCACGAUUUGAGUGGCGCACUGAUCCCUUGGUCGUAGACCUUGGUGGUGACCUCAACGCCGACAAUGUAGCAGCAGCAACAACACGAUUUGAGGCCUGGCGGAAAUUGGACCCUGCACUCAAUCGUGUUGUCCUCUUCGUCGCCAGCAGCAACGACCUUGAAGGAACGACCUGGACAGAUGGUGCACCAGCAAAAGUCGUCUGUGGCCGCAUGACCGCAUUAGCCAAAGCCGCAACAGCCGAAGUCGAGGCCAAGUCGCUAUCGCUAGACAUCGAAACACUCUUCGUCUCACCUCUUGGCGACUACGACUUUGUCAUUCACCUCAACCCCGCGUACACCACAACCAAGUCCAAGGCAGCAAGCGGCAAAUACAAAAACCUUGCCAUUGCCGAAGAGACGAAUGCAGAACUCGUCGAUUACGCACCAACGGACGCAUUCUUCCAUGAGCUGCAGAGUGUGUACGGUCAAUCGUUAGCACUGUUCUAUGGCGGAGCUGGCAGCACUACCAUUGCUGGUCUGUGGAGUCCUGUCACUGCUGCUAGAGCCUGGAAGGUUAACCUCGCGUAUUCGACGGUGCCAGUCAAGAAGGGAGAUGAGGUCAUCGCUGAAAUAAACAAGACUGGUGUUUUGGCAGAGAUGGCAAGAUUGGGUGGGGAGUUGGUCAAGAAGAUUGAGGCCAACAGGUAA